UCAAAAACUUUUCCCCUUUUCCCUUUGUGUCAAAUUGGUUUUCCCAAUCAAAAGCAAAAUUUCAAAUAGAAUUACAACAUAUACAACAUUUUCGUAUCGGAAAACUCCCAACAAAAUUUUGCAGUUCAAAUAAUGACAACCGCCAGUAAUCGUUCACCCUUGGGCUUUGCCGAUGUCGAUGUCGAUGGGGAUGAGCUGUCCAAGCUCGAGCCCAUAAUCAGUGCCCUGAAGUGCGAACAGACGGGCCACAUCAUGGAGGCGAUUCUUCUCUACGAGGAGAGCACCUUCAAGCUAAAGGAAAUGGCCGAGGCGGAUCCCAGUCGAAGGCAAUUAUGCGGCAAAUAUCUCAAGAUGUACGAGGCGCGGGCCAAGCAGCUGAGGGAUCAGGUGAAGAGUCACCUGCACGCGAGUCGAAUGCUGGAUCACGUCAGCAUCGAGCGGGGUGCCAGGGGCAAGAGCUACCAGCGGCUGCUGGGUCCGUAUCUCGACGAUAGCGUCCGGGAGGCGCAUCUCAAUGAACCAAAUCUCACGGAGCCGCAACACUUUCGCAAUCUGAUCAAUUUCUUUGAGAUUCUGGUGAAGAAUUGUCGCUAUCUCAAGUAUAUCCGGGUGACUACACGUUCGGAUGUGGUAGUGCCGCAAAAACAACUACAGAUCCUGCAGCAAAUGAAGAACGAUCUGGCCGCAGGCAACAUCCACAUGAACUAUCAAUUGGACGACACCCUUCACGAUCGCAAGAUUGUGCUCAGUUCCGGUGUGUUGAUCAAGAUAAACAGGGGCCUGCAUUACUUUGAGCCUGUACAGGAGGGUUCAUCGUAUAGCUUAGGCCUCUGCGAUUUUGAUUUCCGCAAAUGUCUGGCCACCGAGGUGGACAUUUGGAAGUGUCGGGCAUUUGCCAAGAGGCCAAAGGAUUUGCAGGAGGGUGAGGAUCGCCCUGAAAGGCACGGCUACUCGAGUGACUAGUGAGGGUAGGAGUGAGUGAGAGUAGAAUUCCUCAUAAGCCCCUUGAAAUCAGGUCAGUCACUGGCCUUAUCGCUGGUAAAAGCAGUACUAGACAUCAAUAAACACAGCAGUUGGUUAA